AUGUCGUUUUGGCCGUGCAACUCGUCGAGUAAUGAAGGCUUGGUGAAGAACUUGAGGCGAACAGGUGUUGUUCGCUCGGAAGCUGUGUAUGACGCAAUGGUGCGAACGGAUCGCGCCAAGUAUUUUACACCAGCUGAAACUCCUGACGGAGGACAAACUGGCGAUUUGCACGCUUACCAGGAUAUUCCACAUCCUAUCGGUUACCAUCAGACCAUUUCUGCACCACAUAUGCAUGGUCACGCAAUGGAGUUGGGAUACGCUGCAAUCAAGGAUGUCGUCAAUCCGCAGAUCCUGGAUGUGGGAUCAGGUUCCGGUUACCUCACCGCAUGUCUCGGUCGGAUGGUGGAAGACAAAGGCGGACAUGUAUUUGGUCUGGAGAUUGUCCCUGGACUCGUCCAGCUAGCCAAGAAGAACAUCCAGAUGGCAGAUGGUGACUUGCUCGAUCGUGGCAUCGUAUCAGUGCGCUGCCAUAACGGUUGGGACGGACUAGCGAACGAAGCACCAUUCCACUACAUCCACGUGGGUGCUGCGGCUGAAGUUCCUCCUCCAGUCCUCCUGGAUCAGCUGGCGGAUGGUGGUCGCCUUGUACUUCCGCUGGAUGAAGCUCGUGGCGGUCAAGUCUUCGUCGAGAUCUCGCGACAUGGAACAAAUUACUCGCAGCGUCGGCUCUUCGGUGUUUGUUACGUGCCACUCGUGCGAGAACGGAAACUAAGCUGA